AUAGCAGGUAUAUAUAUAUAUAUGUAUAUGCCUAUCAUGCAUUUUCAGCAUCCCUGCUUGUUCAUUCAGAACGGCACUAAACUCCUAUAAACCAACCAAAAUAGAUUUUCAUCGACUGUCAGAUUUCUCUAUCUCCUCCUUUUGAUCUUAUUUAGAAGCGAUCGAGGAUGAAGAAGGUUGGAGCUUCUCGGUUCAUGAAACCGCUAAUCACGACCAUGCUAGCCUCCAUGACGAAAGCUAAAGCUUGUGCCUCCGCAAUCAAACUUCUCUUCUCGAUGCUCCGAAGCAAGAAGCAGCUUCUUGUUAUCACUGGCUCUAUCCCCCGCAAGCUUGUCCCACCGCAGGGACAGGAAGAACAAACGUCUAAAGACUACAUCCUCUUUCAGGCUGACCAAGGAGGGCCACGACUUCGGUUCCGUAACUGGUGGCUGGGCUUGGGCAAGGCCUGGGCUGCAAAGGACGACAAGGAGGACGGUGCUGAUGAUGAUGAUUGUGACAAAGAUGGGAUUUUUCAGGUUCCCGACUUGACGCAUUCGAUGUUCAAUAUUGGCCUGGAAUGCGCUGAGCUGGACGAGGAGGAGGAGGGUAUUAUCAAUGGAGGGUCCGUGGUGGAACUGGUCAGGAGCUCACGAGAGGAAUUGGGGCAGGAGUUCCAACUGGAGGACGAGAUCGAUCGGGUCGCAGACAUGUUCAUCCGGAGGUUCCAUCUUCAGCAGCGGAUGCAAAGGCAGCUGUCUUUGAAAAGCAAGAAGGUGUCCGGUUAACCUUUUUAAUUAGAAUUGUCUUGGGACAAUUAAUUAACUUUAUCAUAGAUAUGUUGUCGAUCUAGUGUGGCUACAAAUUUGAAAAGCAACAACCCUAUAGGGAUACCAAGUUAAAAUUAGUUCAUGUAUUGCACACUAUCUCCUUAUUCUUCCCUUCUUUUGAUAAUAAUUUCAUGAUCAUAUGCAAACAUGCAACUUGGCGA